AUCCAAUUCUGUCCCUAUGACGAGGUCGACGCAGAGUUAGAGACUUUCUGCGAGCGCUUCAAUCUCCUGGCGCAGCCCGACAUGGACCCAUUUGCCGCCGCUGCUUGGAUCAGUCAUGUUUUCGUCACGAUUCAUCCGUUUGAGGACGGCAACGGUCGAAUAUCUCGGAUCCUGGCUUCCAUACCUUUGGUAAGGCGGGGAUACCCGCCGCUCAACAUCCCGUCCUUCUUAAGAGACUCGUAUCACAUCGUGCUGAACGACGUAUGCUUCCUCAGCUCUCCUCCAUCACCACAACACUGA